GAACUUAUUACAACGUGUCCUCUGCCUGUCUGCAUGAUCUUCUUCUUCAUUUACAUGUUUGUCACCAUUUCCGUUUCCUUUGCAUUUCCUCCUCUUCCUGUUACUGAGAAUCUGGUCUUCAAAUUAUGGAUACUCGGAGCUUAGCUGUAUCGACGAACACCAAUUUCGCCUCCUUUGAUCUCUCUCGGCCUUUCUCUCCUCUCCGAUCGGCUAAACUAUCUCCCCGCUCCAUUCCCAGGGCUUCAGCGUCUAUCUCCACGACGAACAGUGAUUCUUCUCCCUCCGGAAAUGCGAUUAACUCCGAAGCUAUCUCUGUGAAACCAGUUUACGUCCCCACACCACCUAACCGCGAGCUCAGGACUCCUCACAGUGGGUACCAUUUCGAUGGAACAGCGAGGAAGUUCUUCGAGGGAUGGUACUUCAGGGUUUCGAUCCCUGAGAAGAGGGAGAGCUUUUGCUUUAUGUACUCUGUGGAGAAUCCUGCUUUUCGGAAGAGGCUCUCACCGUUGGAGGUUGGUCUGUAUGGACCAAGGUUCACUGGUGUGGGAGCUCAGAUUCUUGGAGCUAAUGAUAAGUAUUUAUGCCAAUACACUGAGGACUCUCACAACUUCUGGGGAGAUAGGCAUGAACUAGUUUUGGGGAAUACUUUCAGUGCCAUGCCAGGCGCAAGGUCCCCAGACAAGGAGGUUCCACCUGAGGAAUUCAACAGAAGAGUGUCUGAAGGGUUCCAAGCUACCCCAUUUUGGCAUCAAGGUCACAUUUGCGAUGAUGGCAGGACUGACUAUGCGGAAACUGUGAAAUCCGCUCGGUGGGAGUACAGCACCCGUCCUGUUUACGGCUGGGGUGAUGUUGGGACCAAACAGAAGUCUACUGCAGGCUGGCCUGCGGCUUUUCCUGUAUUUGAGCCUCACUGGCAGAUAUGCAUGGCAGGAGGCCUUUCAACAGGGUGGAUAGAGUGGGGUGAUGAAAGGUUUGAGUUUAGGGAUGCACCUUCUUAUUCAGAGAAGAAUUGGGGUGGAGGCUUCCCUAGAAAAUGGUUUUGGGUCCAGUGUAAUGUAUUUGAAGGGGCAAAGGGAGAAAUUGCUUUGACUGCAGCUGGGGGGUUGAGGCAGUUGCCAGGAUUGACUGAGACCUUUGAGAAUGCUGCACUGGUUUGUGUGCACUACGAUGGAAAAUUAUACGAGUUUGUUCCGUGGAAUGGUGUUGUUAGCUGGGAGAUGUCUCCAUGGGGUUAUUGGUACAUGACUGCUGAGAAUGAAACUCAUAUGGUGGAACUAGAGGCAAGAACAAAUGAAGCGGGUACACCUCUGCGUGCUCCAACCUCAGAAGCUGGUUUAGCUACAGCUUGCAAAGAUAGUUGUUACGGUGAACUGAAGUUGCAGAUAUGGGAACGGAGAUAUGAUGGAAGUAAAGGCAAGGUGAUAAUGGAGGCAAAGAGCUCGAUGGCAGCAGUUGAGAUAGGAGGAGGACCGUGGUUUGGGACAUGGAAAGGAGAUACGAGCAACACACCUGAGCUACUCAAACGGUCUCUUCAGGUCCCUUUGGAUCUUGAAUCCGUCUUUGGUUGGGUACCUUUCUUCAAGCCACCUGGUUUGUAAUUGUAAGUUGAUAGAAAGCCAAGUGACUCAAAAACUGAGUAUGUUGCUAGCUUCCAGUAAUAUCAAUAUGUAUGGUUUAGUUUAUUGGGCCCUUUUUGAGUAAUACAGGCCAGUGUAAAGUCUACUUAAAAAAAAAAAGCCUACGUGUUUAAAUCUAAACCGGGAAUUGGAUUGGUA